AUGAGCGAGCAAGAGCAAGAACUGGCACAGCGCAGCAUUCUCGAUCUCGGCUGGGGCAGUCAAUUUCCCUCAUUCGACCGCGGCGACGACAUGGUCGCUGUGUCCUACACGUUUUCAGAGCUACUCCACUCGGUGCUCAAGUUCCAGUACAGCCCGCGUGCACUGAACAAGUCGACCUCUGCAUACGACCGACGGGACCGUCUGCAAGCCAGCUGCCACGUCCUCAACGAGUGGGUGACGGGACUCCCGGCUCCUCUGAACGAGGCGCACAAUGCCAAGACGCUGCAGGGGAUCAAGGACGACCGGCAGUUGAGGAAGGCUUUCCGCGUGUUCUGCAUGUAUCACCGGGCUGUCUUCUUCGUGCACUGCCCAUGGAUUACACCCUUAUUAUCGGAAGACGGGGAAAUGGCGGGAGUUGCCGGGCAGAUGCGGGACAGGUGCAUGGAGCGCUGUGCCGAGUCGGCCUUUGCCGUAGUCAAGUUGGCAAACAGCGGUCUAUUCUGGGAGAAGGGACUCGAAAGGGACAUUGGUUCGCCAAGCACACGGUGGGGAGACAUGGGCCAUCUUCUUCUGGUCUCUCUCUGCUUCAUCGUGUACUAUCUCAUGAAUGGUGAAAAGGGCAAUCGCAAGGCAGCCAUGCCUUAUCUUGCAAUUUGUGGCGGUCUUUUUGGAAGGCUCAGCCUCGAGAGUGAUGAAGCAUCGUUGAUGGAUCAUUAUCUGGAGUUGAUUCAAGUAGUGAGAGCUGGUUAG